AUGCUCAAGCCGCAAGCAAACGCCCACCGGGAGCUCGUCUCCCUGGACGGGACCUGGAAUUUCGCGCUGGCCACGUCAGCCGAGCCCGACGACGAAGCGGCGUGGAAGACCAGGAUCCCGCCCGCGCUGCAGGCGCCCGUCCCCGCCAGCUACAACGACGUCUUCCUCGACCCCCGCGUCCGCGACCACGUCGGGUGGGUGUACUAUCAGCGGCACGCGACCGUCCCGCGGGCCUGGGCCGGGCGCCGCUACGCCCUCCGCCUCGACGCCGCCACCCACCACGGCCGCGUGUACGUCGACGACCGGCUCGUCGCCGAGCACGUCGGCGGCUACACGCCCUUCGAGGCGGACGUCACCGACGUCGUCGCCCCCGGCCGCAGGUUCCGCCUGACCGUCGCCGUCGGCAACGAGCUGGACUGGCACACCGUCCCGCCCGGGAGGGUCGAGACGACCGCCGCGGGGAGGCGGAAGCAGCACUACCAGCACGACUUCUUCAACUACGCCGGCCUCGCCCGCUCGGUCUGGCUGUACUGCGUCCCCGCGGAGCACGUCGACGACCUCACGGUGGCCACAGACGUCGCCGACGACGGCGCCUCGGGCUCCGUGCACUUCGAGGUCGGGACGAACCGGCCGACGGAGGAUUCCAGAGUGCAGGUCUCGCUCCUCGACGAGGACGAGAACGUCGUCGGCCGCGCGCGGGGCCGACGGGGCCGGUUGGACGUCGGAUCGGUCCGCCUCUGGCAGCCCGGGGCGGCCUACCUCUACCAGCUGCGGGUCGAGCUCCUCGACGGCCAGGGCGCCGUCGCCGACUCGUACGAGCUGCCCGUCGGCGUCAGGACCGUCCGGGUGGAGGGGAACCGGGUCCUGAUCAACGGCAGGCCCUUCUACUUCACCGGGUUCGGGAAGCACGAGGACACGGCCGUCCGGGGCAAGGGCCACGACGCGGCCUACAUGAUCCACGACUUUGAGCUGAUGAAGUGGGCCGGCGCCAACUCCUUCCGCACGGCGCACUACCCGUACGCCGAGGAGGUCCUCGAGUAUGCCGACCGCCACGGCGUCGUCGUCAUCAACGAGACCGCCGCCGUCGGCCUGAACUUGUCCAUCGUCGCCGGGCUGCACGGCGGCAAGAGGACGCCCACCUUCUCGCCCGACACGAUCAGCGACGAGACGCGGGCGAACCACGGCAAGGCCAUCCGCGAGCUCGUCGCCCGGGACAAGAACCACCCGUCCGUCGUCAUGUGGGCCAUCGCCAACGAGCCGGCCGCGAGCGAGCCGGGCGCGCGCGAGUACUUUGAGCCCCUGGUGGCCCUCGCCCGGCGGCUGGACCCCACGCGGCCCCUGUGCUACGCCAACGAGUACCAGGCGAGCGUCGACCGGUGCCUCAUCUCGGACCUGUUCGACGUCCUGUGCCUGAACCGCUACUACGGCUGGUACCUCCACACGGGGGACCUCGAGGCCGCCGAGGAGGCCCUCGAGGCGGAGCUCCGGGGCUGGGCGGCCAAGUUCGACAAGCCCAUCAUCGUGUCCGAGUACGGCGCCGACACGCUCGCGGGCCUGCACACGGUCGGCGACGUCCCUUGGAGCGAGGAAUACCAGAGCAGGGUGCUGGAGAUGAGCCACAGGGUCUUUGACCGCGUGGACAGCGUCGUCGGCGAGCACGUCUGGAACUUUGCCGACUUCCAGACACCCUCCAGCUUCAUCUUUCGGGUGGACGGCAACAAGAAGGGCGUCUUCACCAGAGACCGGAGGCCCAAGCUGGCGGCACAUACUCUAAGGAAGAGAUGGACAGAACAGAAGCCCAAAGAGCUUACCCCAUAA